CAUCUUUUUUAUUAUUUUGGGAAAUGGGAAAAUUUCACAUACAUAAGAAGCUCAGGGUUCAAACCAAAUUUCUUCAGUUUUUUUCAGGAGACUUAAGGACUACUGCACCAGUUUGGAGAACAUUGGUAAUAAAAAUCAAACAAGACUUGUAAUUUUUUUUUUUUUUUUUUUUUACGAAUAUACAGUUGUUGAUUACUGAAUAAAGGGUUUGCACACUCUUGUACAUUAUUGUUGUAUAUUUUCGUCUGGUUAAGUUUAAGAAAAGAAUAAGAAUUAGAAGAACUAGCACACACUGCUUCGGACUGUACAGUGCUGCAUGAAGUUGAACACACUUAUUGAUACUACAACAUGAUUUGAUAGUGUCACCAUAGAAAUGCACCAGGGGCGCGGGAAGGUGUCUUAGAUUGGGGGGUGCUGUAGGCUACGCAUGGAACGCACAAUAGAGCUAAGGGAAAAUAGCAUAUUUUCUUAGCAAUAGAUGUUAUAUACACUAAGUGAAAAUAGCUAGAUUCUAUUUAUAUGUUAAAAUAGCAGGAUAUUCUGAUAAUUACUUAUUGCAAAUAGUGGCAAUUAUCUGCAUUGAAAUACAUUAUAAAACAGUGUGCAAUAAUAACUUAUUUAUUUCAAAUAAAUAUAUUGGUUUAUUUCAAAUUAUUAAAUGGAUGACACCUUACUGGGACAAAAGCCCUGGAGCAGACCUACCCUAACCCUACCCGCUUUAUUUUCCACUUUUUUUAUUAUUGCCUUAAUUUUUAUUAAAAAUAAAUGCUUUUCUUAUGUGAUUUGAAAUUUGAAAAGGGAGAAAAAAGGUAGUAAUAAGGAAAAAAUGGGGUGCUGUAGCACCCUCAGCACCCCCACUUCUCACACCUAUGAAAUGCACAAUUCUUUCGUAAUUAGGCUAUCUUAAUUAUUAUGACAUGGCUUGAACGCAGCAUUCUGCUCAUUCAACCCCAAUCAAACACACCUGAACAAGUUAAUCAAGACAUUACAGAUUUCUAGAAAGCUACAAGCAGGUGAGUUUGAUCAAGGUUGGAACUGACCUGUUCUCCUUGUAUCUUUAAAACCCAAUUUUAUAGAGGUUGAUAUUGCAGCAACACUUAUUUGUUUUAGUUGUAUGUGCUUUGCAAUCUCCUUUCCCUGACGCACCGAUUCAGCACAUUUUCCAGCAAAGAUUGCAGGCCGGGAGGAUGACUGUCCGAGCGUAUUUCAUGUUGAUUGUAGUUACAUCAUUUCUAUUCAGAUACUUGAGCAUAACUCAUGCUAUUCAAAGACGAACCACAGUGGACCACUUAUGUCCAGUGACGCUAACAGCCAUGGCAUCCCAUCAAAGUUGUUCUUCUGAUAAUGACUGCCCUGGAGGACAAAAAUGCUAUCGCUUUGACAGUGGCCCUGUUUGUGUGCUGCCUGUCUUCCUGAAGCCGGGUCAAUGUCCUAUACCGGAGAUGAUUCCACUGUAUGCUAAAAGCUGUUUUCAUGAUGGCCAGUGUCCUGCCACACAAAAAUGUUGCCCAACCACCGGUGGCUUUGCAUGCAGUGAACCACGUGGUCUGGGAAGAGGUCAGGCAAGUUGCCAAGGAAACUGUUACAGUCAGGGUGCUGGCCAGGGAACCGGACUGGGAAGCGGUUACGGCCAGGGAAGUGGCCAUGGAAUUGGACCAGGCAAGGGAAGUGGCCAUGGAAUUGGACCAAGCAAGGGAAGUGGCCAUGGAAUUGGACCGGGCAAGGGAAGUGGAGUAGGCCAAGGAAGUGGUGUUGGAAUUGGACAGGGCCAGGGAAGCAGUGUCGGAAUUGGGAAGGGCCAGGGAAGCAGUGUCGGAAUUGGACUUGGCCAGGGGAGCGGCCAUGGAAUGGGACCGGGCCAGGGGAGCGGUGUGGGCAUUGGACAGGGCCAGGGGAGCGGCCAUGGAAUGGGACAGGGCCAGGGGAGCGGUGUGGGCCAGGGGAGGGGCAUCGGCAUUGGACCGGGCCAGGGGAGCAACCAUGGAAUGGGACAGGGCCAGGGCCAGGGGAGCGGUGUGGGCGUUGGACAGGGCCAGGGGAGCGGCCAUGGACAGGGCCAGGGGAGCGGUGUGGGCCAGGGGAGGGGCAUCGGCGUUGGACAGGGCCAGGGGAGCAGCCAUGGAAUGGGCCAGGAAAGCAACCAGCGAAGUCGUGUUGGAGUUGGACCGGGCCAGGGAAGCGGUGUCAGAAUUGGACUUGGCCAGGGGAGUGGCGUUGGACAGGGGAGUGGUGUUGAAAUGGGACAGGGCCAGGGGAGGGGCCAGGGAAGCAGUGUCGGAAUUGGACUUGGCCAGGGAAGUGGACAUGGAAUGGGCCAGGGGAGUGGCGUUGGAAUGGGACCGGGCCAGGGGAGUGGCCAGGGAAGCGGAAUCGGAUGGGGACCGGGAUGGUUACAGGGAAGCGGCGUCGGAUGGGGACCGGGAUGGUUACAGGGAAGCGGCGUCGGAUGGGAACAGGGAUGGUUACAGGAAAGUGGCGUCGGAUGGGCCCAGGAGAGUGGUGUUGGAGUUGGACCGGGGAGCGGCGUCGGAUGGGGACCGGGAAGCGGCCAGGGAAGUGGAGUGGUAAAUGGCCAGGGAAGUGGAGUGGUAAAUGGCCAGGGAAGUGGCAUUGGAGGGGGCCAGGAGAGCGGCGUCGGCAUUGGACGGGGCCAGGGGAGCGCCCAUGGAAUGGGCCAGGGGAGCGGAACUGGACAGGGCCAGGGGAGGGGCAAGGGGGGAGGCAUUGGAAUAGGACCGGGUCAGGGAAGUGGUGUUGGAUGGGGCCAGGGGAGCGGUGUUGGCAUUGGAUGGGGCCAGGGAAGUGGUGUUGGAUGGGGCCAGGGGAGUGGCGUCGGCAUUGGAUGGGGCCAGGGAAGUGGAGUUGGAAAUGGGCAGGGAAAUGGCAUUGGACAGGGCCAGGGGAACAGCAUUGGCAUUGGACAGGGACCGGGCCAGAGGAGCGGCGUUGGCAUUGGACAGGGCCAGGGGAGUGGCACUGGAUGGGGCCAGGGAAGUGGAGUUGGAAACGGCCAGGGAAAUGGGGUUGGAAUGGGUAUGGGCCAGGGGAGCGGAAUUGGACAGGGCCAGGGAAAUGGCAUUGGAAAAGGAAAGGGCCAGGGGAGUGGCAUCGGCAUUGGACAGGGCCAGGGGAGUGGCGUUGGCCAGGGGAGCGGCAUCGGCGUUGGACGGGGUCAGGGGAGCGGCAUCGGCGUUGGACGGGGUCAGGGGAGCGGCAUCGGCGUUGGACGGGGUCAGGGGAGCGGCGUCGGCAUUGGACGGGGUCAAGGGAGUGGGGUUGGCAUUGGACGGGGCCAGGGGAGCGGUGUCGGCAUUGGACAGGGCCAGGGGAGCGGAGUUGGCCAGGGGAGCAGCGUCGGCAUUGGACAGGGCCAGGGGAGCAGAAUUGGAAUUGAACAGGGUCAGGGGAGCGGCGUCGGCAUUGGCCAGGGCCAGCGGAGCAGAGUUAUUCAGGGGGGCAACAUCGGCACUGGACAGGGCCAGGGGAGUGGGGUUGGCCAGGGGAGCGGUGUCGACAUUGGACCGGGCCAGGGGAGUGGGGUUGGGAUUGGACAGGGCCAGGGGAGUGGAACUGGCAAGGCGGCCGGCGUCGGCAUUGGACAGGGCAAGGGGAGUGAGAUUGGCCAGGGGAGCGGCGUUGGCAUUGGACAGGGCCAGGGGAGCGGCGUUGGCAUUGGACCGGGCCAGGGGAUUGGGGUUGGCAUUGGACAGGGCCAGGGGAGUGGGGUUGGCAUUGGCCAGGGGAGUGGAAUUGUCCAGGGGGGCAACAUCGGCACUGGACAGGGCCAGGGGAGUGGGGUUGGCCAGGGAAGCGGCGUCAGCAUUGGACCGGGCCAGGGGGGCGGCAUUGGCAUUGGACAGGGCCAGGGGAGCGGCGUUGGCAUUGGACAGGGCCACGGAAGUGUCAGUGACCAGGGGAGCAGUGUUGGCCAGCGGGGCGGCGUCGGCAUUGCACCGAGCCAGGGAAGUGGCAUUGGACUGGGCCAGGGGAGCAGUGUCAGCAUUGGACGGGGCCAGGGAAGCGGGGCUGGCCAGGGGAGUGGAAUUGUCCAGGGGGGCAAUGUCGGCACUGGACCGGGCCAGGGGAGUGGCAGUGGCCAGGGGAGCGUCAUCGGCAUUGGACUGGGCCAGGGAAGCGGCGUUGGCAUUGGACCGGGCCAGGGGAGUGGAAUUGUCCAGGGGGGCAACGUCGGCACUGGACAGGGCCAGGAAAGUGGCAGUGGCCAGGGGAGCAGUGUCAGCAUUGGACAGGGCCAAGGAACUGGCAGUGGCCAGGGGAGCGGCGUCGGCAUUGGACCGGGCCAGGGGAGCAGCAUUGGCGUUGGACAGGGUCAGGGGAGCGGUGUCAGCAUUGGACAGGGCCAGGGGAGCAGCAUUGGCAUUGGACGGGGUCAGGGGAGCGGUGUCGGCACUGGACAGGGCCAGGGGAGCAGAAUUGGCAUUGGACGGGGUCAGGGGAGCGGCAUCGGCAUUGGCCAGGGCCAGCAGAGCAGAGUUAUUCAGGGGGGCAACAUCGGCACUGGACCGGGCCAGGGGAGCGGUGUUGGCAUUGGCCAGGGGAGUGGGGUUGGCCAGGGGAGCGGUGUCGACAUUGGACAGGGCCAGGGGAGUGGGGUUGGGAUUGGACCGGGCCAGGGGAGUGGAAUUGGCAAGGCGGGCAGCGUCGGCAUUGGACAGGGCCAGGGGAGUGAGAUUGGCCAGGGGAGCGGCGUUGGCAUUGGACAGGGCCAGGGGAGUGGGGUUGGCAUUGGACAGGGCCAGGGGAGUGGGGUUGGCAUUGGACAGGGCCAGGGGAGUGGGGUUGGCAUUGGACCGGGCCAGGGGAGUGGAAUUGUCCAGGGGGGCAACAUCGGCACUGGACAGGGCCAGGGGAGUGGGGUUGGCCAGGGGAGUGGCGUCGGCAUUAGACUGGGCCAGGGAAGUGGCAUUGGACCAGGCCAGGGGAGUGGAAUUGUCCAGGGGGGCAACAUCGGCACUGGACAGGGCCAAGGAACUGGCAGUGGCCAGGGGAGCGGCGUCGGCAUUGGACAGGGCCAGGGAAGUGUCAGUGGCCAGGGGAGCAGUGUUGGCCAGAGGGGCAGCGUCGGCAUUGCACCGAGCCAGGGAAGUGGCAUUGGACUGGGCCAGGGGAGCAGUGUCAGCAUUGGACGGGGCCAGGGAAGCGGGGCUGGCCAGGGGAGUGGCGUUGGCAUUGGACUGGGCCAGGGGAGUGGCAUCGGCAUUGGACAGGGCCAGGAGAGCAGAGUUGGCCAAGGGAGCGGUGUCAGCAUUGGACAGGGCCAGGGAAGUGGCAGUGGCCAGGGGAGUGGCGUUGGCAUUGGACCAGGCCAGGGGAACAGUGUCGGCCAGGGAAGCGGCGUCGGCAUUGGACAAGGCCAGGGGAGUGGAAUUGUCCAGGGGGGCAAUGUCGGCACUGGACAGGGCCAGGGAAGUGGCAGUGGCCAGGGGAGCAUCAUCGGCAUUGGACUGGGCCAGGGGAGCGGCAUUGGCAUUGGACAGGGCCAAGGAAGUGGCAGUGGCCAGGGGAGUGGCGUCGGCAUUGGACAGGGCCAGGGAAGUGGCAGUGGCCAGGGGAGCAGUGUUGGCCAGCGGGGCGGCGUCGGCAUUGGACAGGGCCAGGGAACUGGCAUUGCACCGAGCCAGGGAAGUGGCAUUGGACCGGGCCAGGGGAGCAGUGUCGGCAUUGGACGGGGCCAGGGAAGCGGGGCUGGCCAGGGGAGCGGCAUCGGCAUUGGACUGGGACAGGGAAGUGGCAGUGACCAGGGGAGUGGCAUCAGCAUUGGACAGGGCCAGGGGAGCAGAGUUGGCCAGCGGGGUGGUGUCAGCAUUGGACAGGGCCAGGGGAGCAGAGUUGGCCAGGGGGGUGGUGUCAGCAUUGGACAGGGCCAGGGAAGUGGCAGGGGCCAGGGGAGUGGCGUUGGCAUUGGACCAGGCCAGGGGAGUGGAUGGGGCCGGGGCCAGGGAAGCGGCAUUGGCCAGGGUCAGGGGAGUGGAGUUGGCACUGGACAGGGCCGGGGGAGUGGAAUUGAACCGGGCCAGGGGAGCGGCGUCGGCAUUGGACCGGGCCAGGGGAGUGGAAUUGGAACUGAACAGGGCCAGGGGAGCGGCAUUGGUCAGGGAAGCGGAAUUGGAAUUGGAAUUGAACAGGGCCAGGGGAAUGGAAUUGAACAGGGCCAGGGGAGUGGCGUCAGCAUUGGACCGGGUCAGGGGAGUGACGUCGGCAUUGGACUGGGCCAGGGGAGCGGCGUUGGCCAGGGACGCGGAAUUGGAAUUGAACAGGGCCAGGGGAGUGGAAUUGAACAGGGCCAGGGGAGUGGAAUUGAACAGGGCCAGGGGAGUGGAAUUGAACAAGGCCAGGGGAGCGGCGUUGGCCAGGGAAGCAGAAUUGGAAUUGGAAAGGGCGAGGGGAGCGGAGUUGCCAAGGGAAGCGGCGUCGGCAUUGGACAAGGCCAGGGGAGCGGCGUCGGCAUUGGACCGGGCCAGGGGAGCGGGGUUGGCCAGGGAAGCAGAAUUGGAUUUGGACAGGGCGAGGGGAGCGGCGUCGGCAUUGGACCGGGCCAAGGAAGUGGAGUUGGCCAGGGAAGCGGUGUCAGCAUUGGACAGGGCCAAGGGAGUGGAGUUGGCCAGGGAAGUGGCAGUGGACAGGGCCAGGGAAGCGGCGUCGGCAUUGGACAGGGCCAAGGAAGUGGCAGUGGCCAGGGGAGUGGCGUCGGCAUUGGACCGGGCCAGGGAAGUGGCAGUGGCCAGGGGAGCAGUGUUGGCCAGCGGGGCGGCGUCGGCAUUGGACAGGGCCAGGGAACUGGCAUUGCACCGAGCCAGGGAAGUGGCAUUGGACCGGGCCAGGGGAGCAGUGUCGGCAUUGGACGGGGCCAGGGAAGCGGGGCUGGCCAGGGGAGCGGCAUCGGCAUUGGACUGGGACAGGGAAGUGGCAGUGACCAGGGGAGUGGCAUCAGCAUUGGACAGGGCCAGGGGAGCAGAGUUGGCCAGGGGGGUGGUGUCAGCAUUGGACAGGGCCAGGGGAGCAGAGUUGGCCAGGGGGGUGGUGUCAGCAUUGGACAGGGCCAGGGGAGCAGAGUUGGCCAGGGGGGCGGUGUUGGCAUUGGACCGGGCCAGGGAAGUGGCAGUGGCCAGGGGAGUGGCGUUGGCAUUGGACCAGGCCAGGGGAGUGGAUGGGGCCGGGGCCAGGGAAGCGGCAUUGGCCAGGGUCAGGGGAGUGGAGUUGGCACUGGACAGGGCCGGGGGAGUGGAAUUGAACAGGGCCAGGGGAGUGGAAUUGAACCGGGCCAGGGGAGCGGCGUCGGCAUUGGACCGGGCCAGGGGAGUGGAAUUGGAAUUGAACAGGGCCAGGGGAGCGGCAUUGGUCAGGGAAGCGGAAUUGGAAUUGGAAUUGAACCGGGCCAGGGGAGUGGAAUUGAACCGGGCCAGGGGAGUGGAAUUGAACCGGGCCAGGGGAGUGGCGUCGGAAUUGAACAGGGCCAGGGGAGUGGAAUUGAACAGGGCCAGGGGAGUGGCGUCGGCAUUGGACCGGGCCAGGGGAGUGGAAUUGAACCGGGCCAGGGGAGUGGCGUCAGCAUUGGACCGGGUCAGGGGAGUGACGUCGGCAUUGGACCGGGCCAGGGGAGCGGCGUUGGCCAGGGACGCGGAAUUGGAAUUGGAAUUGAACAGGGCCAGGGGAGUGGAAUUGAACAGGGCCAGGGGAGUGGAAUUGAACAGGGCCAGGGGAGUUGCGUCGGCAUUGGACCGGGCCAGGGGAGUGGAAUUGAACCGGGCCAGGGGAGUGGCGUCGGAAUUGAACAGGGCCAGGGGAGUGGAAUUGAACAGGGCCAGGGGAGUGGCGUCAGCAUUGGACCGGGUCAGGGGAGUGACGUCGGCAUUGGACCGGGCCAGGGGAGCGGCGUUGGCCAGGGACGCGGAAUUGGAAUUGGAAUUGAACAGGGCCAGGGGAGUGGAAUUGAACAGGGCCAGGGGAGUGGAAUUGAACAGGGCCAGGGGAGUGGAAUUGAACAGGGCCAGGGGAGUGGAAUUGAACAAGGCCAGGGGAGUGGAAUUGAACAGGGCCAGGGGAGCGGCGUUGGCCAGGGAAGCAGAAUUGGAAUUGGACAGGGCGAGGGGAGCGGAGUUGGCCAGGGAAGCGGCGUCGGCAUUGGACAGGGCCAGGGGAGCGGAAUUGGCAUUGGACAGGGCCAGGGGAGUGGCGUUGGCAUUGGACCGGGCCAGGGGAGCGGGGUUGGCCAGGGAAGCAGAAUUGGAUUUGGACAGGGCGAGGGGAGCGGAGUUGGCCAGGGAAGCGGCGUCGGCAUUGGACAGGGCCAGGGGAGUGGAAUUGGAAUUGAACAGGGCCAGGGGAGCGGAAUUGACAUUGGACCGGGCCAAGGAAGUGGAGUUGGCCAGGGAAGCGGUGUCAGCAUUGGACAGGGCCAAGGGAGUGGAGUUGGCCAGGGAAGUGGCAGUGGACAGGGCCAGGGAAGUGGCGUCGGCAUUGGACAGGGCCAGGGGAGUGGAAUUGGAAUUGAAAAGGGCCAGGGGAGCGGCGUCGGCAUUGGACAGGGCCAGGAGAGUGGAAUUGGAAUUGAACAGGGACAGGCGAGCAGCAUUGACAUUGGAUUGGGCCAGGGAAGUGGCAGUGGACCGGGCCAGGGGAGUGGUGUCGGCCAGGGAAGCGGUGUCGGCAUUGGACAGGGCCAGGGAAGCGGCCAUGGAAGUGGCACUGGAAUUGGACCGGGCCGGGGAAGUGGCCAUGGAUGGGUCCGGGGAAGAGGCCGUGGAAUUGGAACCGGCAACAGAAGUGGAGUCAGAAUUGGGCUGGGCCAAGGAAGCGGCCAUGGAAGGGGACAGGGAAGAGGCCAGGGCCAGGGAAGUGGCACUGCACAUGGAAGCGGAAUUGCUCCCGCAAGCGGCACUGGAAUUGGCCAGGGAAGCGGAAUUGGACAGUGAUGCGGUCAAGAAUGCGUUUGAGGAAAUGGUUGGGGACAUGGCCAAGGUCAAUGAUGUUGUCCCGGAUAUAGUCCUGGGAGUUUUGCAUAAUACUUGCUGGAGAUAUUUUCAAUUCUGUCUC